AUGAGACUGCGCGCCGAGCGCAGCGACCGAAAGUCGUGGAAGUCCCGCGUGACUGGCCUCGAAGAAUACGCGCCUCAGCAAGCUGGACCCUCGCACCGGGGAGGAAGAGAGCCCCGAGCGCGCCGCGACGACGAGGACGACGCCGAGUACAGGCUCGCUAUUGAGGCCAGCAAGUACCAGGAGGAAGAGGACCGCAAGAGGCGUAACCAGGGCCAAGUCGACGUCGACGACGAUGAUCUGGCCAAGGCCAUCAAGCUCAGUCAGGAGGAGGAGGAGCGGAGACGACGGGAGCUCGAGCAGAGCAACGCGAUAUCCCUCUUUGACGACACACCCACGCAGAGCACUCAGCAGUCACAGCCCGCCCAACCACAGUUCACCGGCUUCAACCAGGGCUAUCAGCAGGGCAGCGCAGUCGAUUUCUUCGCCAACCCCAUUGACCAGAACGCGCAGCAGCCGCAGCCCACCGGCUAUCUCGGCAACCAAUAUACCGGCUUUCCGCAACAGCAGCCGCAGCAGACGGGCUUCCAAAACGGCUAUGGUGGAUAUGGCAUGCAGCCCCAGAUGACGGCGUUGGAUCCGUUCGGCCAGCAGCAGCAGCAGCAGCCUACCGGCAUGCCAGCAUUCCAGCCUCAGCCAACAGGAUUUAACCCUUACCAGCAACAGCAGCAGCAGACACAGUCGCCUGCGGGCGCAAAGACCCGUUUCCUCAAGCUGGUAGCAACAACCCCUGGGCGACGAAACAACAACCAGCAGUCACAGUCGCCCUUGCGCGCGAUGCAAGACGGGGCUCGAACAACCCCUUUGCGCCAGCGCCCACGGGCCGGAUCGUCGGCAUUCGGCGACCGCAGACUCAGAAGAUCCCUCCAUGCCGGCACUCGGAAGCUUGCCGGAGCAGAAGACGCUGUCAACCUUCAACAACCAGCCGAGCACCAGCUUCAGUCAGCCAACAAGCUCCUUUGGCACGCCGCAGAAGGAACUCAACGAGCACGAGGCAAAACUCAACGCGCUCCUUGCGAGCGGCGACGGCAUGGACACGUACGGCAACACGGGCCAGCUGCGCAUCCCGGCCCAGCACACGGCGCCAGCAACCCGUUCCUGCGGACCCAGUUCACGGGUAUGCCGAACACGACAUACGGAGGCAGCCAGCUGCAGGUCUCGCAAACGGGCGCUCCCGGCCUGGGUGGGCAGGGAAACAACAACCCCUUUGCCGGAACGCAGCCACAGCAAAGACCCAACCAGAACCAGGAUCUUAUUCAGUUCUAG